AUGGAGGUUUCCCUUCAAGCACAACCGGUUAGCCGUCGCAACGCCAAUUAUCAUCCAAGCGUUUGGGGAGAAUAUUUUCUUGCAUAUGCAUCUGAUAUUAAAGACAAUUUCUCGGAAGAAGAGGGCGAGCUUCAACAGCUAGAAGAUGAGGUCAGAAAGAUGCUAACUGAAACUCCUGACGAGUCUCCCGGAAAGCUAGACUUGAUUGACACCAUCCGACGUCUUGUGGUGUCAUAUCAUUUUGAAAGUGAGAUUGAGGGGUCAUUGCAAAACAUUUACAAUGCCUGUGAUGAGUUGAAUAACAAAGAUGCAAAUGAUCUCCACACUAUUGCUCUUCGUUUCCGAUUACUUAGACAGCAAGGUUUUUAUGCCUCUUCUGAUGUGGUCAAAAAUUUUAAGAAUCCAGAAGGAGAUUUUAAGGAAUCUCUGGCGAGCAAUGUGCAAGGAAUGUUGAGCUUGUACGAGGCAGCAAACUUCGGAGUGCAUGGGGAGAAUGUUUUGGAGGAAGCGCUGAAGUUUUCAAUGAGUAAUCUGGAAUCUAUGAUUCCCAAUUUGAGCAAUUUCCUUGCUGCACAAGUUGUUCAAGCUCUUAAGGUGCCAAUCCAGAAAUCUUUGACAAGGAUUGCAGCAAGGCAAUACAUAUCUUUCUACCAGCAAGCCGAAUCCCAUGAUAAAUUACUGCUAAAAUUUGCAAAAUUGGAUUUUAACAUAUUGCAGAAGUUGCAUCAGAAGGAACUAGGCUGUCUAACAGCAUGGUGGAAAAACUUGGAUUUUGCGACGAACACACCUUUUGCAAGAGACCGACUGGUGGAGUGUUAAUAUUGGAUUUUGGGAGUGUACUUUGAGCCCAAAUAUUGCCUCGCUAGAACAAUCCUAACCAAAGUAAUCUCCAUCACUUCUAUAAUCGACGACAUUUAUGAUGUGUAUGGGACUAUUGAUGAAUUAACCAUUUUCACAGAUGCAAUAGAGCGGUGGAACAUCCAUGAAUUGGAUCAGCUACCAUCUUAUAUGAGACACUGUUACCGUGCCUUGUUGGAUACUUACACAGACUACGAGGAAGAGUUGGGCAAGGAAGCCAAAUCAGAGAGACUCGCCUAUGCAAAAUUAGAGGCAAUGAAAAAGUUAGUGAAGGCAUACUUUGAAGAGGCCAAAUGGUUUCACAAUGGCUAUGUCCCGAGAGUUGAGGAGUACAUGAAGGUAGCACUAGUGACAGGUGCAUACAUGAUGCUAGCAACAACUUCCAUGGUUGGAAUGGGAGAUUCAGUGACUACACAGGCCUUUGAUUGGGUAACAAACGAACCAUUAAUUGUUAGAGCUGCAUCAGUAAUUUGUAGACUAAUGGACGACAUGGCUGGACACGAGUUUGAGCAGGAAAGAGGACAUGUGGCCUCAGCUGUUGAGUGUUAUGUGAAUGAAUAUGGGGUUACAAAGCAAGAGGCAUUUGAUGAGCUUAACAGACAGACAGCCAAGGCAUGGAAAGAUAUUAAUGUAGAAUGCCUCAAUUCAAAUGCAGUGCCCAUGGAGGCUCUUCAGCGAGUUCUGAACCUUGCUAAGGUGAUAUGUCUGAUAUACAAAGAUGAAGAUGGGUACACACAUUCUGCAACGGUGCUCAAGGAUUAUAUUUCCCUUAUGCUCGUUGAUCCUGUCCCGAUAUGA